AUGUAUACUCUUAUCCUCGUCACUCUUGCCGCCACUGGCGUUUUCGCCGGCGUUCCCAUGAAGGCUCGCGGCAUGGACAGCGGAAGCGAGUUGACUGUCGACUCAGCCGCCAACCAGUGCGGUAACGGCCAGGUCAUCUCCUGCUGCAACACCAGCACCUCCAGCGGCGAUGUUGGCGGCCUCCUCAGCGGCAGCUUGAACGGUCUCCUCGGUGGCAGCUGCAGCCCCAUCCCGGUCAACGUCCUUGGCGUCCAGGUCCCUCUCCAACAGGCCUGCGGUAACAACCAGGCUGCUUGCUGCACUGGCGACCAAACCGGUCUCGUCAACGUCCAGUGCACUCCCAUCGGCCUUUAA